AUGAUGAAAAUAAAUAAAGUGUUAGAGGUUGAGGUAAAUGAAAUUGCUAAUGACUUAAACAUAUUUUAUAAUAAUAAAACCAAUGAAAAUAUAGGGAGAAUAGAAACAAUAAGAAAUAAACGUUGUUCUAACAAGAGAGCAGUGUCAAAAUAUGAUAAUACAUUUACGAUUUCUUUAGAAAAGUAUAUUUUUAUUUGUAUACCUUAUAACACCACCUGGAGACUAUUCAAAUACAACUGUAAUAUGCAAUAUCUACUUAAAAUAAAGCAUGAGGGCAGCGAUAACAAUAAUAAUAAUAUCAGUUAUCCUUACAAAAUUGAUAAAUGCAUCAGUAUUGCCAACUUGAACGUGUUAGUGCUCCAAAAGAACAACCAAAUAUUUGUACAAGAAUUUGAAGAAGAUUAUAAAAACAGCCCCAUAAAUGAUAUAAAAAUAUUAAGAAGACGCGAUUUUUCCAUAUCUGCCCUUUUUUUCUGUGAAAUGGAUGCAAAACGAUCAGUCGACCCAUGCGCUACGUUAAGAGAAAUAAAUAGUUUUGACUUUAAAAAAAAUAACGAAAUCUUUUUUAAAAUUGAAAAUAAGGAUAAGUUAAUUAUUACCUAUUGUGAUGACAAGAUAGAAGAAGUCCGCAUAAUUAUUUACAACUUAAUAAAGAAAAAAUAUAAGGAAGUUCAUAUAAAUGUGCCUCCUUAUGUAGAAAAAGAAGAGGGUAAAACACACAUUGAAUGUGUUGCUUUGAAUAGGAAUUAUAUUGUCAUAUUAUUUAACACGAAUGAACUGAUAAUUUAUAAGAAAAAAAAAAAAAAAAAAAAAGAAGAAAGUGGAGAAAAGAUCGAAGAUAAAGAAAAACGUGUUAACUACGAGUUUUAUAAAUACCUUGAUAAAUAUAAGUCUAGCCAACUCAAAUAUUUUAACAAGAAAAGUUUAAAAGAAAUAGAAAGUUAUUCGUUAGAGUACAUAACGAACGUAAGUAAAAUAUCGUCCUUAGAAAUAAAUGAGGAUAAUGAUCUAUUCAUAAUUUACAGUGAUAGUUAUUUAUCGAACACAUAUUUUAAUGACAGUAGUUAUAAAUACAGAUCACUAGUUCGAAGUGCAACAAAUACGUUAAAUUCGUAUUACACUUUAUUAGAAAAUUUUUUUUUUUCAAAUUUUUUAAAUCAUGAUAAACAUAACAAUAAUUCUUUACUAAAUGAAAUUAACGAACAACUAAUUAAAACUACGAAUUUGCGUAUGUGCGUAAUCAACAUAGGAGAUAACGAAAUAAAUACCUUAAAUAUAAAUGUUGAUGAUAAAAUAUAUUCUAUUUAUAAUAACUCCAUCAAUAUUCUAAAAGAUAAUUUUCUCAAAAUCAAUGAUAUGCAACUAAAUCCAAGGGAAAAAAUGAACGAACUGUUAAGUUUUAGUACAUAUUUAGAUAUACACCAUAUAAAUCAAAAUAAAAAAAAAAAUUUUAAGAAUGAAUUAAAUGGCGAUCCAAGUGAAAAAAGUUUUCUAAAUAUCGAUUUUUUAAAAGAUAUAACAAAAAGCAAAAUAUUUCCUGAUGAUAUGCACGCGUACAGUAAUAUUUACUUAUGUAGAAUGGACAAUUAUUAUUUAAUUUUGGAAAAUUUAUAUGAUAAUUUUAAUUUAACCUUAUAUGAAGUAAAUUUUUUAGACAAAAUCGAUUUAUUGAUAUAUCAGUUUUUCUACAAUUACUAUGAUGCUGUAUUAUUAGCUGAGCGAAACCAGCUAAGCUUAUUUCAUCAACUUUUUGUUUAUUCCAUUUAUGAUUAUGGGGGAAGAUAUUUUGAAGCCCCUUUGACCGAUUAUCAGGUAUGUCCACGAAAAAAAAAAUGCCUAUUUAGAAUUAAAAAUAUAUUUGAUUUCCUGGAGAGGAUCGUGGAGUAUGAUCCAUUUUUGUUUAGAAAUGAAGACGAUGAGAAGAUAAUUGAGUUGUUAAAUAAAAAAAACAAUGUAUCAUUGAACAAAUGUGGAUGUAUUCCAACUAACUUAAAUAUAAACGAAGAAAAUAGUAAUUAUCAUAAUCUGUUUUACAUUCUAAACGACACGAAUGAUAGUGCUCCCUCAAAGUAUGUAAAUAAUUAUUACAGCAUAAAAAGAAUUGAUUCAUCAUCUCUAUGUAAGAAUAUAGAUAUAAGCGUACAAUUAUGUAAGUUAAAAAAUGCAUUAUAUUGCUCCUUGAGAGCUAUAAAUUAUGUUUUGAAGGAAAGUAUAACAACAGAUUUAACAACUUCAAAUGAUAGCGAAGUGAUAACGUCAAAUGAUAGUGAAUAUGAUGAAGAGAAAUUCGCAGCUAAGUUAAUAAAAAGCAAGAGGAAGCAAAAUUCAAAUAAAAAGAGAAGGUAUUAUAAAUUAAAGAAGCAUAAUAGAAAUGAGAAUAAGGAGGGGUAUGAUCAAAUGGAGGAAGGAUCAUGUUAUUAUGACAAUGAAAAGGUUAGUGACUCGGCAAAUAACGUACAAUGUAACGAAGAUGAAACAAAUUGCAUCGACAGUAUAUGGGGAUUGUCCAUCGAUGAGGAAGAUCUACAGAAGGGAGAUUUUUCCAUAUAUCCUAAAGAAGAAGCAGAAAUAGAAGAAAAAAAAGAAACAUUAGGGGGAAUAGAGAAAAAUAUUGUGCGCUUUUACGAUAUAGAUUAUAAUAGUACAUUUUUCCAUAAUUUAAUAGCAAGUAUAAAUGACGACGAAAAUAAUAAGAAGAAACUAUUGAUGUACAAAAAGGAAAUAACUCGUCAAAUAUACAAGUAUAAAUUGUAUGAGUUUAUUAUGAAAUUGUUAGAGAAAGAAAGAAUAAGCAGGAAGUACCAUUUGACCACUGACGAAAUAAAAAAAAAAAAUUUAGACAGAUCUAAAUUUAGUAGUUCUAGCUAUAGUAAUAAUUAUAAUAAUAAGAAUAAAUUUUCGGAUAUACUGAACAUAUUUAAGAAAAACACAAACGACUUAAUACAUAUUAAUGAAGAAGAAAAUCAAAGCAAAAGUGGUACAACCAUUCUUAAUUGUACUAAAAAUAAUUAUGAAAUUACUUCAUCAAAUAUGUACAUAAUUAGUUGGACGAAGUUUAAAUAUUAUUAUUCCCCUUUUGAUAUUGUAAAAUAUUUCUUAAUUAAUCGUAACUAUAUUUUAAUUAAAAUUUUUUAUAAAUAUUUUAACAUCUUUAUUACGUAUAAUUGGAAAAAAAUAUUUGACUACAUUCCUUUAAAUACAAAAAUGGAGGAAUACUUUUAUUUGCUACCAGUUGUUGGAAAGGUAAAAAAUAGGCAAGACACUAAUGUGUUGAUGAACAGUGAUGAAGCCUCUUCGGAAAACGUGCAUGUGGAGGGUAGCACCAUUGUUAAGGGUAGUAGUAGUAAUAAUAAUAAUAAUAAUAAUAAUAAUAAUAGCAAUAAAGACAAUAGUAAUAAUAGCAAUAGCUAUAAAGACAAUAGUAAUAAUAGCAAUAGCAAUAAAGACAAUAGUAAUAAUAGCAAUAGUAAUAAUAGCAAUAGUAAUAAUAGCAAUAGUAAUAAUAGCAAUAGUAAUAAUAGCAAUAGUAAUAACAAAAAUGAUCGCCUAUCUUUGGAAUCGCCAAUCAGCGUCAGUAAUGAAACAAUGUUCAGCACUUCGUACAUAAUAAAUAAGUUUAAAGCCACCAUGAAGGAAGAAAUAGAUGUAGAUAAUUUGUUUUGGUUUCAUAGAGAUAGUGCAAACAAGAUUGAUAAUUAUGAUAUACACUGUGAUGAAAAUGAAUUUCUAGAAUUUUUUAUAAAUAGAAGUAUUAAUAUAAUGAAAAAAACGCACUUAAUCAAAAGCCGUCUUUUAGCCUUUGUCUACAUUUGCUUAAAACAAAUAAAUGACAAUAAUGUUUAUAAAAUAUUUAAGUAUGAUCAAAAUUCAAAGAGGUACAUAUACGACCCAUUGUAUUUCUGUGAGAAGAGAAAUUCGUCAACUACUUCGGACCAUAAUAGUGUUUGGGGUAUAAUGAGUAUGGGAGAAACUGGGGAAAAUAAGAAUUUAAGUGCACGCGAAAAUGACCACACGUACACACAUCCAAAGGGAGGGAUGGAACAGCAGUGGAAGAAGGGAAAGUAUAUUGUAGAAAAGCAGUAUAACGAAGGGCAGAAUAAUGCACGAAAUGAGGAGACGCCCAAUUUCGGGGAUCCCUCAUUCGUGUCGGACAAUCUGCUUAUAAAUUUAAAAAAAGAAAAAAUAAGAAACAAAAAUUUUAUAUUAAUAUAUAGCUUUUUUAUACUAAUUAAAAUGUAUAUCCUAUGCAAAGAAAACCACAAAAAUAUAAAGUUAGAAUAUUUUUUACAAGUAGAUAUAUACAAUAGGUUAUGUCUUAUAUUAGACUUCGACAUUAAGUUCAUAUCGUAUGAACACAAUCAGGAAAAUUAUAUAAAAAUAUUUUAUGACAAAAUUCAAAGCGUCUUACAAAAUUAUACUUUUAUUAAUGAACAUAUAUUAUUAUGUAAUAGUAAGAAUUAUGUAAUAUUUGAAAAGGAUGUAAUUAAUUUAAACUAUAAAAAGGCCUCUAACCUUUUAGAGAGCUUAUGUAUUAACAUUCUAUAUACCUCUGAACAGUUGUUCAUAAUAUUCUGCUUAAAAACACUAAAAUUGUUACAGUGUAGUAAUAUUAGUAAUUCGGAAAAAGGAUGGUACAAAGGUAGUGCGCCAUCCCACAUGAUGAUGCUAAGCGAAAGUUUUAAACGAGGUACUACAAGAACGACAGAAAGAGAACUACAACAGGAGGGUGAAACAAAAGUUGAAGGAUUAAGGAUAGAAGAAAGAAAAAACAAUAGAAGGAGAAAUGCGGAAUUAGAUAAAAUAUUAAUCUUCUUAAAAUAUAUAUACUAUGCUUAUGAAAAAAAAAUUAUUUUUAAUGAUGACUAUGAGUUUUCUUUUUUCCUUCUAAUAAUUUUCUACAAACAUAUGCAUAUUAACUUGCUUCAUUUUAUUUCUAUAUUUAAUGAUUUUUAUAAUUUGCUCCCAAAAAAUAUUUACAUAAAGGGGCAAAAACGUGUACAAGAUGAAGAGCCUCCAGGGAAAGAGGUACAACACUACUUGGCGGAAAGCGAGUUAUCUUCGCGGGUAAAUUCGUCCAAAUAUAACGAAGACGGAAGCGAGCGAUUUAACCUAGAGGAUAUUUUUAAAAACAGUGAGAAUGACAGAGAGGUGAUAAUAUUUGACGAUCACUUGAAUCAUAUUGUUAAUUACUAUUAUGAUUAUGUGAUUAAGAAGCGAGGGGAAAAGUGCCAGCAGUUGGGUUCGAAGAAUGGCGGAGAAGCACAGUUAGGGGCGCUAAUAUCCACAGGAGAGAGCGAACAAUGGCAAAACGUAGAUCAGUGCAUAUUAAUGGAAAAAUACCUGGACAUAUUUGAAAAGCAUCUAAAUUCACUGGAGCUAAUAAAGCAUUUUAGGAAGGACUUUUCUUACCAGAAAGGGGUAGAGGCGGAGAACGAGGCCGAGUUUAAGACAGAGAUCAAGUCAGGGAUAGAAGCUGGUGUAGGGACAAUACAAGAAGAGUUACAAAUAAACAUAGACAUUAUCAUCAGCUCAAAGAACAAUGUAAAAAAGAUAAUUAUGAAUAUAUACAGACUAUUUAAAAUGAUUUUUUUGCAUACAAACUAUAAGGACACAAAUUUCACGAAGAACGGUUUGCAGUUGUAUUACAAUUUAUUCGAUUCCAUCGAUGUGUAUUUAUUUUUUUUUAUUUUGUUUUACAUAAUAUUGUAUUAUUCAAAUGAUUACGAAUAUUUGUAUGCUUUUAUAAAGUUUUAUUAUAAAAAUUACAAAGAGUUAAAUAAGCAAGAUGAAGGGUUUACAUAUAUAGUUAAUUACCUAAUUGUGAAUAGAGUAAAAAGUAUAACAGCACAUGAACAUUUUAUGGACUUUUAUAAUUUUUUGAAAAAAGUUUAUUCGGACGAAAUUAGUUUGGCUAAUUUUAAAAAGAAUAAAGAACUACUUACUAAUCUUAGAGUCCUACUACAUAUUCAAAAUAUUAUAAAUAAGAAGAAGUGCAUAACAUUUAAUGAGCACUUAAAUGGAAGACAAAAUCAAAUGGUAUCAUCAAGCGAAGAUAUAUAUAAAUCCUUUUCUAAAUUAAUUUCUCAGUCAUAUGAGAAAAAAAGCAGUGGUGACAUUACCCUUAAGAGGAAAAGGGGUAUUGGAGAAAAAAAGGGGUUUUCCUUUUUUUAUAGAACUAUUGUUUAUGAUAGCUAUAUUAAAAUUAUGAUAGAAAAGAAUAAAUUUAAUAUAUUUAAAAAUAUCAUUGAAAAUGAUAUAUGUACAUGUUAUAAUUAUAGAAAAACUCUAAAAUUAAUAAAGCUGUUAGAAAUAAAAACUGACCAAAGUGGUCAAAGUGACCAAUUGAUGAGCUGUAUCUUGUUUGUUCUGUACAUAUUACAAUUAAAGGAAAAAACAAACAUUAUUUCUUUUUAUCUGAUUCUUUUUAUAAUAUUAUUUCGAGAUGAUAAGUUAAAAAACAGGCAGAAACAGUUUGUUGAAAAUGUAGUUAUAUAUUACGCCAACUUUUCAAAACAGCCGGUUAGUUAUAUUUACAAUUUAUGCAUGUUCCUUUUUUCAUGUCUGUCUUUAAAUUAUUCACCUUGUUUGAGUAUUAUAUAUAAGUCUCUCGUGAAAAGGAGAAAAUAUGUUGACGCAGAAGUAGAGGGAAAAAGAGGAGGAAGCAGAAGAGGAAGAAGCAUGGACUACCGUCUCGGGAACAACCAGUAUAAGAAAAAGUUCACAUCACUUUAUGAGUUUCUAGAGGAGACAGCAAUGGAUGAAAAAAAUAAAGCAAAAAAGGCGAAGGGGGAUAAGGAUACGAAACAUGUGAAGAGUGUGGUGCAUAUGAAAGAUACAAAUAUUGGGCGUACGAGUGGUGGGAACCAAGUCAAGGGAAACAAACCAUUAAAUAUGCAUAAUAACUACAACAUAGAUCAAACGGAUGAAAGUGGCAUAUAUGUGAAUAAUAUAUUAAAUGCUACCGUAAGUCAGGAAAAAAACGAAAUGAUUAUAGAGAAUGGAACAGACGGUGGGCAUGAGUACAUAAGCGAUAUUAACGAUAACAGUAAGGAGCACACAAGCAACUGUAAAGAGAAAAAUGAAAUAAUAAAGACGUUUGAUAAACUUGUAGAAGGAAAAACUGAUGAACUGUAUAACAACUGCUACAUGGAUAGAAUUGAAAAGAACAACUUUCAUUUAAAAUAUAAAAAUGGUAUAACAACUCGUAGUACUUCUAAAGAGAGAAGUAAUUUACAAAGGGGAAAAAUAUCACACAUAAGUGAGCACAAUAUUGGUAUAGAGGAUUACGAACGAGUUACUCACCAAUUAAAUGCACAAAAUGAAAUAGACAUAAUAUAUGAAAGAAAAGAGUUGAAUAAGAUUGACGAGUUGGAGAAGCUGGAAGAUAAAAAAAUAAAACCAGCGUUACAUCAGCGUGAUGGUAUUUCCAACGUCAUUUGUACGAAUUACAGUACUCACUCAGAUGAACACAUUUUUGACGACUAUCAUGAUGGUUUAAAUAAAUUUAACUUGGGUGAAGCGCACAAUAAUUACAAUGAUUAUGACAAUCGUGACUAUUAUGAUGAUUAUGACUAUUAUGAUGAGCACAACGAUUCCUACGAUUACGACCAUUUUGACGAGAGAAAAUGCUUGGAUAAUAGUAUUAACGAAACAUAUUACACCGGAAAGUACAUUCAUAGGAAGAGUAUGUACGAAUGUCAAAUCGAUGGUGAAAAUAAAAAUGAAUUUUUUAAUAUUAGUUACCAUAGCAGCAUCGUAGGUUUUGAGAAAGAGCAGAAAAGUCAAGCUAGUGGUAGCACAAUAAGAAGUGAUCAUUGUCGAGAGGAGGAAGAGCUGAUGGAGCAACUAUCUGAUGAUGAUAAUGACUUGAAGGUGAAGGAACAUGUUGACACAUAUAAUGUAGUAUAUAACCACAAUGGUGAAAAACGGAGAAUGGAAGAAGAUCUCUUUCAAGAGAGCCAGUACAAUGAGAGUAAAAUAAAUGAAUGCGUAAGUGGACAUGUUGGAGGACUUAGGUACAAAAAUAAACAAGAUGGAAAGCAUAUGUACUACUACAGCGAUGUAGGAAGGAGUGAAAAUCAGCAACACAACAAAUGGACAGUAUUGGAAGCAGAAAAAGUUGGCGAAUGUCUUGAAAACAAGGAUGAUUCGUAUUUAAAUGAGGGAAAUAGCAUAUGUAGUGGCAAAAAAGGGAAUAACGGUAAUGUUAGUAGUAACAGUAGUAAGAGAAAUAACAAUAGUGACAGUAGUAACUGUAGUAACAACAGGAACAGUAGGCAUAAUAGGAACAGCAGUUACAGUAACAACGCACUAACUUUUGCGCUAAAAAAUGUGAGCAAGAAAAUUAACAAACAUAAUGUUUCCCUAUGGGAUCUGGAUGGUGUUAUUAAAACGGUUAAUAAAGUGAAGAAAUUCUUGAAAGGGGAAGAAGGGAUAGAAGAGGGAGUAGAGGAAGAAGAGGAAGAAGAGAAAGAAGAGAAAGAAACGGAAGGAGAGGAAGAAGAGGAAGAAGAGAAAGAAGAGAAAGAAGAGAAAGAAACGGAAGGAGAGGAAGGAAUGGGUGAAUCAGAAGAAGACAAGGUAGAUGCAAACGAUAUAGCCACACACGAAGUAUUCGAAAACGGGGUGGCCUCAAACCAGGACACGGAAGUAGCCAACCUACAUUUACAUUACUUCAAUAUGGAAAAGGAUAAAACGAAGGAGGAUCAGAAUGAUAAUAAUAUUCUUAACGAUAGAAGCAGCAUGUACAAUUCAUUACUUUAUAACGACAUGUACUUUGCUUUUGUGUAUAUCCUAAUGAGAGAAGAUUAUCCCUUCAUUUAUAUUUUUAUAAAAAAAAUUAUUCUCAACUGUUCAAUUUCCGUUAAUAGAAAAAUUAGCAUAUUUGACACCUUCCUGUUUAGUGUGUACGAUUCUAGCAUAAUAGAUGAAAAAAGUGAAAACAUCCAGGAAAAGGAGGAUAAGCUAUUUUUAAAAAAAUUAGUUUGCAUAUUAAUAAUUUUAAGGUACCUACUACACUACUUGAACAUGCACAAAAUUAACCAAAUUGAUAUUAAAAAGUUAUUGUUUGAAGAUAAUUAUAAAAAAAAUAUUGUAGAAAAACUAGACAAAAAAGCGUGUGAUGAAAUUUUAGAAGUCUUAAUAAAAGUUGUAGAUAUAUCGAAAAUGAAUUUGCUAUAUGUUAAGUACAAUUCCAUUAGAGAGGAGAAUUGCAUUUCCUAUAAUUUACAGUUAGGUGAUAAUAAAAUAAAUAAAAAUGCAGAAGAUUUAUUUAUUCACAAACAUAACAUAUUCAGUAAUGAACAUACCAAAAAAGAAAAGAGACUUCAAUAUAUGUUUGAAAUAGAAACAGAAAAAGAAAUUUUAAAUUUCUUCCAAAAAAUGGAAAAAAAUUCAUUGCUUUGUUACAUACUAACAAAUUUUCACCAAUUAACUUUUAAUUUAAAUUUUGUUUGUAAGAUAUUAUAUUAUAUAUAUGAAACAUGUCUGUAUUAUUUGUGUGCCUCUGUAUAUUUUUUAAAAAUAUCCUUUUAUAAUUUUAGUAUUGGAAAUCUCUUUUCUUCCGUAAGUAGAAUAGUCAAAAAAUUUUCGAAAGAUCAGCUAAUAAAGAAAUUAAUUGAAGUAAGACAUAUAUAUACUUUCUUGAACGAGCAAAUAGAGUUGGAAAACACACAAAAGAUGAAUUAUAUUCAUGAUACAAAUGGUACUUACUCAAAUAAUAGGGAUAACCAACCUAUAAAGAGAGGGAAAUGGGCAAAGCACAUACAGAUACAGUUACCUGGGUCCACUACUAACACUCACCAGAUAGAACGUUUUCCACUUUGUAAAAAUGAAACACAAAACACAAAAGAGGCAUAUUAUAAUAAUCAGAAAAAUGGUAGUUCAACGUAUUUGCAUAUAAUGGACGAAAAAGAGGAGGAAGAUUCAUAUAGUAGAAAAAUCAGCAUGCUACACAAAUGUAAAAUUAUAAACCCCUUCAAUUUUUACAUUAACGAAGUAGAGAAUGUAAAUAUGAAUUUUCAAAAAAAAUAUAGAAGUUUACUUCAAAGGAAUAAUAAACAAGUGAAAAUAUAUAACUUGGGAAAAAAAGAGGCAUAUAAAUACUUGACCGAUUUGUUCAAUAAGUGUAAUAUAUUUCCGUAUUUGUACGAUUUAUGUUUUUUACUAAACCAUUUAAAUAUAUAUUUUGAUCCUUUUUUUUAUUCAAGUGAACAGAAUGAUGAAACUGUGCAAGAUUUACUCGACUCGUCGGAGGAUGAUUACUUAAAAUACUUGUUACUUAUGAUAUUAAAAAAAAAAAAUGGUUUUCACAUUUUUGAAAAAAUUAAUAAUGCUGAAAAUAUUAAUAAUUGUAAAAAUAUUGAAAAUAAUAUACAUAAAUUGUUUUGCGCUAAUAGAAAGUAUCACGGUAUGUUCGUAAACUUUUACAUGUACCACGUCUCAGUAAAAGUAAAAGAGUCAAUAAGUGAAGACAAUAUAAUACAAUUAUUUGACCAUCUUUUGAACAUACAGUAUAAUAUUGUUCAGAAAGAUAUAGAAUUACAUUUCAGCAAAUGGCUAUUUUUAGGAAAAAAAAGCAUAAAUAGCUUUUUAAAUUUUUAUGCCUUUCUCAAUAAAUUUAAUAUAUAUUAUCCCCAACAUUUCGUUAAGUUACUUGUAGAUAAUGUAUACCAGUUGGACAUGCUGUUGUUACUCCUUUUAACACAGAUAAGGGACAACACUAAUUUGAAAUAUAUUCUUCUUAAACUUUUGAAACUCGCUUUUUUUUUUUCAGUUCAUAGGAAUAAUUUUUGUAUAAAUGACCUUUUCUGUUUUGUUGCUUCCGUAUUGAGCGAAAAAAAUGUGCAUUCAUUUAAAUAUCAUUUUCUUGAUAUGGCGUUUGAAAGGGAUAAAAAUGCACAUGACAGACUACAAAAAACACCAAUAAAUCAUCUUCAUGUGAGUUAUCAACUAAGGGAUAAUGAGAGAGCACAUAGUAUUCGGCAGGAAGCUCCUUCAAGCGAAAAAGAAGACAACAUCGGAGGGUUAUUACACAUUAACAGCUCCACUAAUAUUGACGAGGAAAUGUACCUAGACAAACACGUUGAAAGUAUGUACGAAAGUGAAAGUGUCUGUGAAGGCGGUGGUGAUAGUGACGAUGGUGAAGGGAAACAAGGAGAUGCCGAGGUCGCAGUUGCAUUUGCAGAUUCCUUAUAUGAUGAAAAGAAGAGUGAAGCUAGUGCAUGUAUAGAUGCCACCUUAGCGGGUGUUUACGCAGAUGAAGAGAACGCUAUUGUUACGGAUAUGCAUAAAAUUUUCUGCAAAAGUGAAUUAUGGAACAAGGACUUGAAUGACUACACUAAAGGAAGCACAGGAAGCAACGAAAGCAGCAGUAGCAGAAACAAUAACAGUGUUAGUAACAACAAUCGUACAGAUGAAUACACGAUUGAAGAAAUUGAAAGGGUGUCAAAAGGCUCACAAGCGGGUGAAAAAAGUUAUAGGGUGAUAACCCACUUUUGCUUAAACUAUUUAUCCAUCAAAGUAGUCGUAAAAAAUAUAAUAAAGAAUGAAUUGAGCAGUAUUUUAUUUUUAAAAUUUUCCUUUAAUGUAAGUAUAGUAGGUAUAUACGAAAGGGCUAAACAUAUUUAUAAAUAUUUAUACAACUUAGGGGGGCAAAAUUUUUUUUAUUCCUUGAAAGUACUAGUUAACUUAUUAGUAAAAAAUAAGAAGAGAAAGCAAAGAGAUUACUUGUUUUAUCACUUCUUUAUACUACUCUUUGUUAUAUAUUAUAUUAAAAAGAAUGUAUAUAGCUACAAUGGGGAUAUGUGCAAAGGGAACAGUAGAAAUGUUCGUUUUUAUUUUAAAAAUGAACCAAAAAGGAGGAUUGUUCAAUCUUCUUAUGAUACUAAUGAUAAUGUUAAUGUAAAACUCAUUUCUAAUUCUACAUUUAAUCUAGAUGACACGGUUAAUGACAAGGUUUGUGUAUUGAAAAGCCUAGUGCUACUACUAUUUAUCAAUUUAACUAAUAUAUUUUUACCCUCAGUCAAUAAUUUGUACUUUAAUAAAGAAAAACAUUAUGUAUUUAUUAACGCUAAUAAGGAAGUAAUGAUAAAACACGAUGUGCAUGAAUUCGUUUAUCUAAUAUUAGACUUCGUUCAUACAACUUAUGUAAGGGGUUACGAGUUUGUGUACAUGAGCAUGUUGUUUCUGGUUGAGUACUGUGUGGAACUAUUCUUCAGUAGUGCAAGUGGUAGCAGAAGCAGUGGUACUGGUAACGUAAUGCCUGUGAACGUGUCUUAUAUACUAAUUUUUAAAAAGAUGCAAAGUAUGAUUAACGAAUAUAUGAAGGACUAUGACUUAGUGCUAGAGGAAAAUCAAAAAAGCGUCUUAGGUUUUAUAAAUAAAGAAACAUACGACCGAAUUAGAAAUAUUUUAAGUAAAAUAUAUUUAAAAAUUUUAAUGAACUGUGCUAAAUCCAUUGUGCUAGUUUGUAAAAUCAUGAUAGGUAAUCGUCUAAACAUUGAAGAUGAAAUGAGUGUAUUGAAAAGCAUAAAAAGUGAUAUACUAUACUUCUUUACAUGUAAUUAUGCCAUAGUAAAAUCAAAUAAAAAAAAUAUACUACAGGAAAAGAGUUUUAAAAAAUCAGAAAAGGAAAAGAAAUAUCUAUUUCAAAAAAAAAUAUCAUCAUUUAUUAAUGUCCUUCUAGUCAUUUUAACUUACAAUAUAAGCUCCUUUAAAGAAUGGGAAUAUUACCAAACCAUAAAGCAAAUACUUACAGAUAACGAGUGGUAUCAUAUAUUUAAUGCAAAUUAUAUAAAAGAAAGGUACGAAAUUACAUUUUUGUGUAAAAAUUGUUCUAAAGGGGGAAGAGAUGGUAAUAUUGAUGAGGGAAUUACUAGUAUGGAUGACCUAUACUCCUCCUCUGAUAGCUGUUCAAGCGAAUUAAAUGAAACGCUAAAAUAUUACUCCUUAGAAGUUACUAAGAAUUUGAGUGACGAUAAUAAAAGGGAUGUGCUAGUAGGUGAAGGCGGGGUCAUGUACAAUGGAAGUAACAACACCAGUUACAACGCCAGUUACAAUGCCGCUUUUAAAAUGGUAGAUGGUUUAAGUUCUAAUGAAGCAGCAUACAACACAAGUGAAAAUGCACUAAAGAAAAACAAGAAAGGUUAUAACGAUUGUGAAGAAGAAGGUUAUACACAAGAAAAUGUUGAAAGUAUGGACAGCAGACGUUUGUAUGAACCAGACAGUAGUAACAGUAGGAAAGUACAAGGUAAAAUAGACUUAACUUCUAAUGGAUUUAACCAUCAUAAUUAUAAUCAUUUUGUGAGUGAUACAUUAAGAGGGGAAAAAGAAACGGAGAACAAUGGUACUAAUGAUGAUCAUUUAGUAAAACUGGACCAUGCUGACAUGAGUAACGACGAAGACGAAGACUUCCAGUUUAAUACUUCCAAGACAAGAGAAACCAUCUUAAAUGAAUAUGGUAAGGGGUUUCUUUCAUACUACAUAAAUAAAUUAAAUAAUAAUGAAAACUGUGAAAAACAUUUUAAAAAAAUUUAUAGAAAGUCAAAAAUGAUCAACUUGGAGAAAUACGCAGUAUAUAUUUUGAGAUACUGGGAUAUUGAAAUAAGUUAUUGUACGAAAAAUGCACAAGGGGAAGGAAAAAAAGAUGAUGAAUAUGAAGAAGAUGAUGAAGAGGAAAUGAAAGGGGAGGAGGAAGGGAUACUCAUAUUAAUAUUUUUUGCUAAUUAUUUUAAUUUCUUUCAACAUUUUAUAAAGUAUAAAACCAUUUUAAAAUUAUAUAUGAAUAAUGAUUUAAAUGAGGCAGAUGAACUGUUAGGCAAUAAAAGUAGGAUGUGGAACUGGUACAGGAAUGAUGUUAAAAUAAAAAGUACCAUCGAGGAAUAUUUAAUGAAAGAUAUAUUGUGUAACAAUUUUUUUUUGUGCACUGAUAAAGAUGAUAGAUUUUUGAGAGGGGUCAAUAAAUAUUUGCACAAAAGAAACAUAAGCACAAACCGUUAUGCAGUUGAUAACAAUAUGAAAAUAUGCUUUUAUUUACAUAAUUAUCAUAACAAUAAGUACAACGCAGACUUUCUUAGAAGCUUACAUAUGCAAUAUUAUCAUUUUAAUAAAUGUCAGAAGAGUGGUCAUAAUAGCAACACUGAGGAUGAAAUGAGCACAAAUGAUGUGUAUGCUAAUACAGAAAACAAAGAGCAUAGUAUUAAUUUCUCCCCAAAUAAAUUUGAUUAUUCUCAAAAUCAAACUUAUUGUACAAACGAACAAGUUAGCUAUGAAUGUGAUCAAUUUCCGCUUUUUUUUCUAAGCUUCUUAGAUUUGUACAAACGUACUGUGGAUGUGUAUGACUUUUACUACCAGACUGUUAUUUAUAAACUAAUGAAAGAAGAAGAAUUAAAUAUUAGUAAAAUACAACUCUAUUAUGAGGAUUUAAGAAAGUAUUUUAAGAAAAAGUUGAGGAGUUACGAUUUGUACUUGAUGCUCUUUUAUUACCAGUAUUUUAUCUUUCAGUCUAUUUGCAGCACAAACGCGAAUGCAUACGCAAAUGAAAACUCAAGCACAAACAAAAACACAAACACAAGAACAACCUUUUUGAACAAAAAUGAGCAAAAAUUUAUUGUCUACUUGUGGAUUAAGUUAACACAAUCCCUCUUAAAAAAAUACAGGUUUUUUAGUAGUAGAGCCAAUAUAGAUAAGUCUUAA